AUGGAUCUAGACACCACUCAAUUAUUAGGAACUCCUUCCCCUUCUUCUUCUUCUUCUUCUUCUUUCACCAAUUCAUGGACCCACGAUGUGUUUCUCAGCUUUAGAGGUGAGGACACACGCUACAAUUUCACAGACCAUCUGCACAAAAAUUUGGUCCAGAGGGGCAUCAGAACCUUCAUAGAUGAUGAGCUCUCAAGAGGAGAAGAAAUAUCACAAACACUUGUCGAUGCAAUUGAAGGAUCGAGGUGUUCUGUCGUCGUAUUCUCUGAAAAUUAUGCAUCCUCGAAGUGGUGCUUGGAUGAACUCGCUCAUAUCAUGCAAUGUAGAAAUUCGAAACAACAAAUGGUUUGGCCAGUUUUCUACAAAGUGGAUCCCUCGGAUGUACGGAAUCAAAGAGGUAGUUAUGGUGAGGCACUUGCUAACCAUGAACGCAAAUUCGAAGACGAGAAACUUACAAACCAUGAUGAAAGAAAAUUCCAAGACAAUAUGAAGAAGGUUCUGAGAUGGAAGGAAGCUCUUACAAAAGCUGCACACUUGUCUGGGUCGCAUUACUUGGAGGGCCGUGAAGCUGAAUUUAUUCAGAACAUUGUCAACGAGAUUUCCUUACAAGUAUUAAAUGAUACCCAUAUCAAUGUGGCAAAAUACCAAAUCGGAAUAGAGGCUCGUGUACGAGAUCUUCAUAAAGUUUUAGAUGUUGACGGAAAUGAUGUUCGCAUGGUAGGAAUAUGGGGGAAUGGUGGAAUAGGAAAGACAACUGUUGCUAAAGCUGUUUAUAACUCACUGGCCCAUGUGUUUGAAGGGAGUUGUUUUCUGGAAAAUGUAAGAGAAAGAUCAAUACCAUAUGGAGGCCUAGUCGACCUACAAAAUCUUCUUCUUUAUGAGAUUCUAAGGGGAAAGGAAAUAAAGGUUACCAGUGCCGAUAAAGGAAUCAGUGUGAUAAAGGAAAGGUUGAGUUGUAAAAAGGUCCUUGUAAUUGUAGAUGAUGUGGAUCAUUUGGACCAGUUAAACAACUUAGUUGGAGGUUGUGAUUGGUUUGGUUUGGGCAGUAGAAUCAUCAUAACGACAAGAGAUAAGCAUUUGCUAACUUCUCAUCAAGUUAGUAUAAUAUACAAGGCCAAGAAAUUAAACUUUGGUGAAUCUCUUGAUCUCUUCAUUAGUUGGAAUGGUGGGAGGAAUAAAAAUUUGGAUGAUGAUUAUGUGAAAGCUGCAGAAACUGUGGUGAAGUAUGCUCAAGGUCUUCCUUUAGCUCUCAAGGUUUUAGGUUCUCAUCUAUGUGGUAGAAGUACAGAUGAGUGGCAUGAUGCAUUGGAUGGGAAUCUGCACUCGGACAUUAAAAAAACUCUCAAAAUAAGUUAUGAUGCAUUGGAAUAUUCGGUUCAAGAAGUUUUCCUUGACAUAGCAUGUUUCUUUAAAGGUAGAAAGGUGUACGAUGUGAUACCGAUCCUGGAAGGUUGUGACCUCAAGCCUAAGUAUGCUAUUAAAGUACUCGUAGACAAGGCCCUCAUAAAUACUGAACAAGGCAUAAUUGAGAUGCAUGACUUGCUUGAAGAAUUUGGUAGAGGAAUAGUUUAUCAAGAGUCGCCAAAUGAGCCUGGUGAACGUAGCAGAUUGUGGUUUCACGAGGAUGUUUAUCGUGUUCUAACAGAAGGAACAGGAACAAACAAUAUUAAAGGCAUCAUAGCAAAGUUUCCAACACCAGAUGACAUAUGCUUGAGUGGUGACAGCUUCUCAAAGAUGAAAAACCUUCAACUUUUCAUCAAUGUGAAUGCUCGAUUUUUUGGUGAUCACGUGGAUUAUCUAUCUAAUGAGUUGAGGUUUCUUCAUUGGCCUGAUUGUCCUCUACAAACUUUACCAUCUACUUUCAAUCCAAGGAAACUUGUUGAACUUCAUAUGCCUUGUAGCCGCUUAUCGCAACUUGGGGAGGGAUUCAAGCGUUUGCAAAAUUUGACGUCCAUGAAUUUUGAGAGCUGUGAAUUCCUAACAAAAACCCCAAAUAUCUCUGGAAUUCCAAACUUACAGUCCCUGAAUCUAGGCUACUGCACAAGUUUAGUUGAGGUUCAUCCUUCUGUUGGAUUGCAUGAUAAGCUUGUGGACUUGAGUCUUAAGAGUUGCCAUAACCUCACACUAUUUCCAAUAAUCAAGUCAAAAUCUCUAGAAUUUCUCAAUCUUCAAGAUUGCAGAAGACUGGAGACUUUCCCUGAAAUUGGGGGAAAGAUGGAUUCCUUACGUCACAUGUUUCUACGUGGUAGUGGCAUCAAAGAAUUGCCUGCGUCAAUUGCAUAUUUUAUCAGUCUUGAAUAUUUAGACAUAAGCAUUUGUGAAAAUCUUACGAAUCUGCCACCCAGCAUUUAUGAGUUGGAACAUCCAAACCACAUUUGUCUCCAAGGAAGUCGAAAGCUUGUUACAUUUCCAAAUAAAGUGAAGUCUGAAGUUUUGGGGAGUGCAGUAUCACAUCCUUUAGCGCUUCCCAGUCUUGAGGAAUUCAUUUUGGAAGGAAGCAAUUUAUCAGAAUUUAAUUUCCUCUGGAAUCUUGAUUGUGUGUCUACAUUGAGCGUACUUGAUCUAAUACGAUGUGAUUUCCUUGUAAGUAUUCCCGAAUGCAUUACGAAAUUUGUCAAUUUGCGGGAGCUUUACUUGAAUGGCUGCAAGAGGCUUCGAGAUAUUCCGGAACUUCCACCAAAAAUAGUAAAGUUAGACGCGAGUGAUUGUGUAUCAUUGGAAAGGUUUUCAUCAUUGUCCCACAUUCUGAAAGGUAAAAAAGACUUACAAAUGAUUGAGUUGGUGGACUUGUGUAAUUGCCACAGACUGUGCCGCAAUCUGACUCUUGACCUCACAAAGAAGCAAAACAUUUUAUCAAAGGAGCAGAUCACACUCUUCUUUGAUCAACUUCUGUCUUCACGGAAACAUGGAUUUCAGGUUGUAUUUCCAGCAAGUUUUGAAGCCCUCUCGACGUUGUUCAGGUGUCAUAAGGAUGUGAAGGAGCAUGAUAACGCAUGUGAACUUUUGAUUGAAAUCCCUCCAAACUUCAAAUGCAAGAACCAAGGAUUGGCUCUUUACGCUGCUUUUGAAAACCCGCAAAAUAUAAUACCUUGCGAGGAUAUUUUUACAAAAAUUUCCGUCAAUCAACCAGGAGUGGAACCUUAUUUUACUGAGUUCUAUCUCCCUUUGAUAAAGAUAAGGAAAGGUCAUGUGUGGCUGUGCUAUAUUCAAUUCAGAGAAAUGUUUUAUCGGGAUGAUCAGAUUACCUGGCCGCAGUCGCCUUUUGUGUGUCGAGUUAAGUUUAAGUAUUUGAUACAAUAUUUUAAAAGCGUCGGGGUCCACCUGGUAAUGACACAGGAUGAUGAAGACCUGUCUAUAUUUACGGAAGAUGGUGAGUCUGAAUCCGAUGACUUGGAAGAUGCUAAGGAGAGGCUUGAUGGAGAUAAUUGUAUUGAUCUAUGUGAAGAUGAGCAAGACUCGGAACAUGACUACUUCAGCUGUGAAGAUAAUGAAGAUGGCUACUUUUACUGA